UUUCUAGUUGUGUUAAGUUACGAAAUUAAAUAGUGAAGGGUAUAUUAGCGUUACGAAAUAGUAAAGUUGCUCUCAACUAAUCUCGUUGUAUAGCGAACACCAAUAAAUGCAAUACAGAAAUUAUACUGAAGAGGAACUUAUUUAAGUGUCGAUAAAAAGAAAAAAACAUGGAGAUCCAGUUUGAUGCAAGUGGUACUCCAUUUGUAGUAUGGGGUAACAAUAGAAUACACUUGGAAAAAGAUCCGAUCACAGAAAAGUGUUACAUUGAGAAAGCAGAAAAAGAACUACGGGAGACUCCAGCAAAUAUAGAAACAUCGUUAACUAAACUAAGAAUACUUCUAAAAGGGGAGCCAUCACUUGUCCUGCCCAUCGACGAUGAUGAAUUCCUAAUGAAAUUUCUAAGACCUUGCAAGUUUUACCCAGAAAGCGCAUUUAAAAGGAUACAAGCAUAUUAUAAAUAUAGAAAAUCAUACAUUGAAUACACUCGGGACUUGGUGCCAUCUACUGUCCGUUCCGCUUUCGAACGCUCCAUCAUUUCUUUCCUGUCGCCAAGAGAUCAGCAUGGACGGCGUAUAUUACUUGUAGAAUCAGAAUGUUGGAAUCCGCGAGAAGUAUCAUUACAAGAAUUGUUUAGGGGAGUUCAGCUGGGACUAGAGGCAGCGAUGGUGGAGCCUAAGACACAAGUGAACGGGGUGAUCACCAUCCUCGAUAUGAAAGGAUUAACACUUGCUCAGAUUAUGCAAAUGACUCCAUCCUUCGCCAAAAUGGUCAUUGACUGGAUUCAGGAUUGUAUUCCGAUAAGAUUAAAAGCAGUCCAUAUAAUUAACCAGCCGUAUAUCUUCAACAUGUUGUUUGCCAUCUUCAAACCGUUUAUGAGGGAGAAGCUCCGAUCGCGGAUCUACUUCCAUGGUACUGACAGAGAAUCCCUUCGGUCCCAUAUUCAUGCUGAUGCGCUGCGAAAACGAUAUGGAGGAACUUUACCUGAACCUGAGAUACCUGGUCAGGUCGUGUGGAAUAUGUUGAUGCAUUAUGAAGAUAAUUUUAAAGAAAAGAAUUCUUAUGGGUAUACAGCAACCAAUAAUAACAACAAAAAGUAAGAAACUGGUUUUGGUGAAGAGAUUUAAGAUUUUAGAGCCAAUUAGCCCAGGAGUAUGUUGACUAUUCAACUAUAUUUAAAAUCUAUUAUGACAUAGAUAAUGUUGGGUAUAGCCUAUAUUGAUUGUGAUUCCAUUUUAUACUAAGUCUAGUUUUUAUAUUAGUUAUUUUUUAAAUACAUGUUUAGAUAAAUAUUAUAAUUACGCUAUUCAACAGAGAUAUAUAUUGUGUCAUCAUCUCGGACAAAUAUAAAUUCAAUUAAUUUCAUUUAUUGCUUACAAAAAAUAAUUAAUGUGGGCAUAAUAAAACAAGUACGAUAACUUGGUACCUAUAACUGGUCAGACUUGACUGAGUUAAGACUAAUGUUGGUCAAGGGGUUAAACCUUAGUAACUGACAUACAAAAAGUGUGUCAAAUAUGGCGUAGAGUCUAGAAUAUAAUUAUAUAAUUAUAAAUGUAUAUUAUAAACAUAGAAAUACGUAAUCACUGCAAACGACACUGUGGUUGCAUUAAACAGGAAGUAGUAGAUUUUAAAUUCAGAAUUUCUGUCAAUUAUAUAUAGAUUUAUGAAUAACUAUAACUUUUUGUGAUAUACUAUCAUCAACGAGAGAUUUCUGUAGUACGAUAAUGAUCCUAUUACAAAAAUCUCUUCUGAUCAUAAAAUAUUGUUUUAUUGGCUAGUGCAACCUAGUCUAUAUGUGGAGAGAGGGAAGUAGGUAAAUAGCGUAUUAAACAUUUUACUAUUCAUUUUAAGAACUAUAUUAAGAUUUUAAUGCUCCUGAUUUGAAUAUAUAAGUCUGAAGAUAUAAGAAGUAUAAUACAAUAAUAUAUGUACGUUUUGAUCAUAUACUUAUAUAACACCAGUCUUUGUUUCACAACACUGCCAAACAAAACUACCUACUAAAUUAUGUUUACAGACAGUUGUAGCAUAUUUUUAAGGCGUAACGUCACAAGCCCU